AUGAGGAUAAAGAGAAAAGAUGGGAGUGGCAAAUGGUACGUGUCUCAGUUUGUGGAUGAUCAUAAUCAUGAACUCGCAUCUGGCAAGUUCGUCGAUUACUUGAGGUCGCACAGGCGGAUAUCUGAAGUAGAGAUUGCACAAAUGACUAGCUUGAGGGAGGCUGGGGGUUUUAACCUUGUGACGUUCACGAAGCAAGACAUGUAUAAUGAGGUAAGGCGACAAAGAGGAAUGCAAAAUGGAGAUGUAAGCGCUGCAAUUCGAUACUUGGAAUAUGUUCUUGCCUUCGAUGCUACUUACGGUCGAAACAAGUACAAUUUGCCUAUUGUUGUGUUCUCGGGAGUUAACCACCACAACCAAACAUGUGUCUUCGAAUGUGCAAUGGUCUCGUGCAAAACGCAAGAGUCCUACAUUUGGCUAUUUAGACACUGCAUGCUUGCAGACAUGGAGGUUGACGAGUUCGAGGUGCAAUGGGAGGCGAUGCUGGAUGAGUGUAGGGUUUGUGAAGUCGAAUGGUUCGGCAGGUUUGUGGAGAGUAGAUAUGGGGUCCUUGAAUUUGUCACAAACUUCCAAAGAUGCAUUGAUUUCUUGCGAGACAAUGAGGACGAGCUUGAGUUUCGUUCAUGGUAUGGAACUCCAGUCUUGCAAACUGAGUUUGUUGAGCUUGAGAAGGACAGGUGGACAAAGUACACACGGGAGAUGUUUUGGAGAUUUUGUGAAGCUCUUAAAAGGUGCGUUCGAAUUCACAUAUGUAAAUGCAAUGAAAAUGCUGAGGGUGAAGUAUAUGUUGUUCAAAAAUAUCGCAGGCCGAAAAAGAAGUGGGAGGUUUCGAGGCAAAAUGUUGGUAAUAAAUUCAGCUGCACCUGCCUGAGAAUAGAAUCAUUCGAACUGCCCUGUGUCCACAUACUAGUUGUGUUGGUGCGCUUGGAUUAUACUAUCAUUCCCACUACGCUUGUGCUCCACAGAUGGUCGAAGACAGCAAAGUUGCACUAUGGCUUAAAUUGCACUGGAAAUGAAACACAUGAGCAAACAACAACAUAUAGGUCCCGGCUGGAAGCUUUUGCUCAGCUAUGCACAUGA